AUGACGAUUGAUAAACAAUUGCAAGCAUACCGCAUGUACCAACGAUUCGUUCGGAUUCUGCUCACAAUCGCAGGCUGCUGGUAUAUGCCUACAAAAUCCGUUAAAUCCGUUAAGUAUUGUUGGUCCAUUUAUGUGCUCUUGAUGUUAGCCAUGUAUCUUCUUAUAGACUUGCACUUGGUCUAUCUCAAUAGACAUAACUUAGCAGAAAUUAUGAGAUACACAGGUGUAGCAAUAUCUACAAUUGGUGCUCUUCUCAAGGUAGGAACUUUCCUGAUCAAUCGUAAAUCUCUGAUAAAUUAUCAUCGGAUGCUGAAUGAUCUUUUCGAGGAGGAGCUUAUGCAAAAUGAGAAAAUCCGGGCGAUAAUGUUUUUGCCCAUAUCCACAACAUACAUUCUGGCGUAUGGAUAUUUUGCAUUUAUGUCAUCAUUAAUCUUAGCGUAUUAUGCGCCUUCUUAUAUCUUCUUAAUCCACAAUCUCUGCCACUCCCGUUUAACUACAAACUACACGUUGCCAAUCAGCAGGGGAUACGGAUACUUCUGGCCCGUUCCCGACAACUUUUUGUAUCAUUUUUAUUUUUUCUUUGAGACGAGCCUUGUAGUAUUCAGUGGCAUGACGGCGGUCAGCGUUGAAAAUGUCUUUGGCUUCUAUGUCUACCAGUUCAGCUCGACAAUGCGCGCCAUGACUUUCAAGCUCAUGAAUCCUCCACGUACUGAGAACUUCUCGGAUCUGCUAAGGACAUGCUCGGCAAAGCAUAAAAAAUUAUUGCAAUGCCGUAUCACGCUGGAGCACAUUUUUGGACCUCUCAUCUUUUGGCAUAUUGUCACCAACGCCAUGCUUCUUUGCUCGGUGUUAUAUAGCACGGUUUAUGUGUCGAAAUUAAAUCUUUCCAUCAUAUUCGCGUUUCUGUCAUACAUAUUGGUAAAACUGCUCCAAUCGUUUAUAUAUACCUGGUACGGUACAGUCCUCACAAGUGCAAGCAACGACUUUCGUAAAGGAAUAUACUUUGGCCAGUGGCUUAAGUCGAGUCUGGACCGUCAGGGGGGGGCUAACGUUGUUAUAAUGCUAAUGCAAAAGCCGAUGACUAUAAACGCAUUUUACUCAACCGUUGAUUUAACGAUAUUUACCAAUCUUGUGAAUGCUACAAUGUCCUAUUUCUGCCUGCUGCAAUCAAUCAGUAGUAAAGAUGAAUAAAGGUCUCAUGGAUGCAACGUACACAUAUUUUGUAAACACCGUAUGCAACACCAUAUUUUGUUAACACGUAAAGUUAUUUUAUUAAGAAUUAUAUUAUUAAUUGUUGUAUUAUUAUUAAGAGCCCAUACAGCACAUAAUAUUUAUUAAAAUAAUGCACAAAAAUAGUUUUGUAAUGCUUUCAUAUCCGUUAGAUCAUGUCAAAAGAA